AAACACGCCGCAAUGUCGUUUGCGGAUUCCGAUCGGGAUUCGCCGAUGCUCCCCAGGCCACUCAGCCCGGCGAGGCAGCCAGCGAUCGCAGAUGUGGCGAUGACGCCAGCACCGGCGGCAAGCACGAUAGUUCCUCCAGCUAUAGCAGUGAGCACAGCAACCCCCUCUCCCGCCAAGAGAGCCAGGGUUGACGGAGCGAAGGCUGGAAAGAAAGGAUCAGCGAGUGCGGGCGCACUGGCGAUCAAGGGCGCAGCGACGUCACCGGCGGUCGGUGCAUCUGCUGUUGCGCAGACAACGGCGGCUUCAGGGUCUUCGGUUAGCAACGUCGCAUCCGCUUCUUCGUCCGACUUCGUCACGCGUCAGGAGGCUGAGAGCUUCACACAGGCGGUGGCAGCAGGUUUUCAGGCGACGGUAAGGCAGGUGCGACACGGCAAACAGACGGCUGCGGACGCGGUACAAAUGGUCGAUGACCGUGUGGAACACACGCAGGCAGCAACGGACGCGGCGGUGAGACGCCUCGACGGAGAAGUACAGCACACACAACAAGCAACGGACGCUGCUGUGGCAAGCCUCGGCGGGCGUGUGGACGCUACACAAGCGGUCACGGACAGGGCCGUUACUGCUCUGACAGAGCAGAUGGCGGAAAUGCGAGCACAGUUUCAGGCGGAAAUGCGGAUGCAGCAGGAAUCCAUGUUGCACCAGCAGCAACAGCACGCCGCGAUGAUGCGGGACAUGCAGACGCAGAACGCGUCGCUCCUCGCACAGCUGCAACAGCAGACGUUACAGGGAGCUGAGGCGCGGAGCGCGGCAGACGCCAGUACUCGGCUUCAGGCGGAACAAGCGGCUCGGAUGCUCGCUUCGGUCGAGGCAACGGCGCGUGAGGCUAACACGCGUGCGGAACAGGCGCAGAAGGCUGCUGAAGAGCAGCGUAAGGCGGCGCAAAAAGCAGCGGAAGAACAACGCGAGGCUGCGCAAAGGGCAGCGAAAGCGGAGGCAACGGCGCGUGAACAAAUGGCAGAGGAAUUUGAAGAACGCGUUAGGGCCGCUGAGCUGGCUGCAGCUGCGAAACUACCACUACCGGACGCCGAGGAAGAGCCGGAUGAGGACGACAACUACGUGUGCGAGGAGACGACCCCGCGGCCACCUCCGCCUCCGGAUGAUGGGGGAAACGAUACCCCAGGAGGAUGGACGACAGUGCCACAGAGAAACAAGUCUUCGAACCCUCCGCCGGAACGUCUACAUCGUGAUAUUGGUCCUGGCGCGCGCUUUCACCUGUCAAAAUCGUCACAGAUCUCGGCAGAGUGGCACGAGAUGCGCGAGGUCCUAGACCGCGCUGGAGUCGUGCGGGCAAAGACGACUUGGACACAGAUAUCCGGCAUGUUGGCUGGAGUGGGCAAGGAGAUGUGGCGCGGCAUCAACACGAAGCUGAAGCCGAUCGAGGAGGAGGACUUUGCGGCCUGCGUCGUUGCUCUCGAGAAGCGCAUCUACGAAAAGCACGGAGUGAACGUGGCCAGAAGUGCCGACGGCUGUGAGCACCGUCUUUCCUCGCUGCUGGGCAGCUUGCCUUCUUCGAAAUGGAACGAGAACUACGCGGCCGUCCAGUACGUGACGGAGACCGUAGAGUCGAUCUUGGAGAACGCAGAGGGCGUCAGCUUUACGCUAGAGGAUAGCGAAAUAACGAAGGGCGAAACGAAAAGCAUCUUUCGCAUGCUGGCCGACUGGUGCAGCGCGUCGACGAUGGAGUGGAUGUCGCACCACGUCUCACCAGAGACGUCCAUCCGAGAAUGGCUUCGCAUGUGCGAUUUGCACGCAACGCGGCGUCUGCGCGCGGCUAAGACCAUCCCUCAGCAAGAGAAGCUGGCAGACGACCUUGCGCGGCACUUGGCAGGGGGGAGCCGAAGCGGUUCCUCUUCUGGCGAUGGCUAUCAUGCAUUCCCACCGGGAGGACCACCACCACCACCUUCGUCGGGUGCGGGCAAAGCGAAAGAGAAGGAAAAAGAAAAGCCUGUUUGUGGAUGGUGCGGAUUCGCACACCCGCGUAUCCCUCAUGCGGAGUGCGCUUACGGUCCGGCACUUGACUACGGUCGAUCUGAGGAAGCGCAAAAGCGGAUACAGAAAAACAAGCUGAAACUGGACGAGUCCAAGGCUUUCCUGCGAAAACAACACUUGCCCAAGGCGGCUGCGAAGACGACGCAUAGCGCACAAGGCAAAGCAGGAAAGGGAGCAAAGGGCGGUAAGAAAGGCGGAGGCAAAGGCGAAGCUCGCGCUGAGCUAGCAGCGAACGGAUGGCAGUGCAAAUGCGGAGCUACGAACUUCGCGUCGCGGACUGCGUGUUUCAUCUGCGGACAACACAAGCAGAACUUCCGUUCCCUCGACGGAACGGCGCCUCCGUCGCUACCUCCGACACAACCACCAAACCCGGCAUUCGCUUUGUCGCAGCCACCGGGCUUUCAGCCACCGGCUAGCGGCGCGGUACCUAUGGCGCCUCCGGGCGGCCAGCAGCCCCAGACGCAAACAAGCGGUUCACAGCAGGCCUACCAGCAGCUUCAGCGCAAUUUGAACGCGGGAGCGACGGGCGGCGCGCAACAGCACCCGUCGAUGACGCGCCUUUUCGGCAAUUUUUGCAUGCUGGGCGCGAGCAGCGGACACGGGUUUCAGGAAACACCAGAAGAAAAGGCAGAGUGGAAACAGCGUGAGGACACAAUGUUUACUCUGUACGGCCAAUUUCGCGAGAUGGAUUGCCGGGCUCGAAUGCCCAACGAGGAUCCGCUUUUUGGCAAGAACCUUUCCGCAGACGUCGUCCACACGCACGACGGACCCGCUUUCAGGGCUACCAACGAGUUACUCGGCGGACAGACCUCCGCGUCGACGUUUACGUCCAUCGACGACAGUGGAGCAUCUACUUUUGCGCUGCCGGUGGAGCUGAAGCAUCUGGUCACGAUUUUCCGCGAAUAUGACGGACCACAAAAGCGGGGCACCGCCUCUGCGAACGGGGGCGUGACGGUUUACGGCGACGGGAUCAUACAGAUCCGGCCUCAAGGCCUGACAAAGUGGAGGUCGGUGUACUUCGUUUGCGGCGAUUUUUCUUGCUGCCUUUCGCCUACCAUUGCGUUGAAUCGAGAUCACCAGUUGGAGUGCAUUCCAACGCGCGCGCAGAUCUUCGAUUGGCAGACGGGGGAGUCAAUCAACAGCACCCUCCUCGGAGACCGCGUUGAGAUCGUGUGGGAGGUUUCGGUCGACAGUCUUCUUUUGAGCUGCCCAACCUAUCAGGCGCUUAUGCCGUUGAACCACGCGGACGCGCUCUGGUACCACGAGCAUUCGCGAAGAGGGCACUACCCGCAUGACCCGAAGCGAUGCGCUAGUUGCCGUGCAGGGCUGAUAAAGCAAGAUCCGCGUGGGCAAGCAAAAGUGAUCCACACGAUCCAAAACGAGUGCGCAACCACAGAGGGCACGGUCUCACACAUUGUCGCAGCAGACGUUGGCGGACCCUACCCCCAAGACCCGGCUGACGAGUCGAAGUACGUCUGCGUGAUGUACGACUACGGCAGCGAAGCAGGCGCAGGCACCAAAGCAGAGACCAAAGGUGGCAUCUUCGAGAAGGGCCUUCGCGAUUGGCUUCGCCGCGGCUGGAAGAAGAUGAAGUUUUUGUACCCGGACAACCCGCGGGAAGCGGGCACAAACUCUCUUUUGGGUUUGAUGCGCGAAAACGACAUCCGGAUGCUGCGCAGCAGAUCGCACAGAAAAGCGCACGGCGGCGUUGAGUCACUACUCGGUCAGGCCCUUGCAGGCGCACGAGUAUUGAUUCUUUCGGCUGGUGUUGACGCCAAUUACGGCAUUAGAGCGAUGCUGCAUUUCUUUUGGGUCCGAAUGCGCACGGAGCGAAAGCACCGCUCCGGAACGACCAAGACGCCGACUGAGUGGCAAGGAGAAGGCUCCCACGAGGUGUUGAAGCUGGCGGAUGCGCUUACGUUUGGAACGAAAUGCUACGGCAUUCCGGCGUCCGGAAACGUGACGACAGCGGAAAAGAUCAGCGGAAAAGGAGUGUUUGGCACUUGGGUCGGUUUUUCGCGGUUUCACGCGCACAUCCUGAUCACAGACGAUGAGGAGGAAUUCCAUUGCAACACGGUGCGCAUCGUCGAAGAAGCAAAACAUCCAUCCGUUUCUGUGGUCGGACUCGAGAUCGACGCUCGCUUACAGCCGCUUCGCGAGGAGAUGGCUUUUGAGGAAGUUGACACGGGCAAGAAAGUCACGUUCGCGAGCGAGGAAAAGGCAGACGCAGCGUCUUCCGCCUCUGGAGCAGGCACUCCAGUUGCGGGCACGGGCAUGUUUCUGCCUCGGAAGCCAAAGUUUAGCGCAUACGACGAUGCGCCGACGCCGCAGCACAUCCCGCCAGCCGGACUCACGUACGAUAAGGCAGAGAUGAAGGAAAUCCUACAGCCGGAGAAGAUGCGGCAUCAUCUUCCAUCCGGCGAAACGAGCCUCCCGAACGGGAUGUACGCGUGGCAGGACGGGCACAUCUAUGUGCAGGACGGCUCGUUCUGGGCGUCGUGCGCCUUUCACGGAGAGCCGGGAGAAGUUUUCCUUGCGGCGUUAGACGACACAACAGACGGUGAGCCAGACGCGGACAGCGUCUUGUCGCACGAGGCAGCAGCCGACGACGCGACGGGGCGUGGCUUUUCGGGCAAACGCGCGCUGGAGUUGCGCUUCGGGUUUGCAGCGAUGGAGGAGGCGUGGAACAAAGAGUACAGCAAGCACACGGAAAGCGGAGCGUUCGUCCCGGUACCGCCGGAGUACAAGAACGUCUACCGCGAGCGCAAAGCGGUUCGGCCGAUUGCGCAGGCCCUGUACAAAGCAAAGAAGCACGCCAACGGACAAGAAUUUGUGAAGUGCAGGUUUGUCAUUCUGUGGAACGUCGUGCAGCGUUCACAGGCUGAGAAGGUCUUCACAAAGAUCCGAGCAACGGGAUCCACACCUUCGCUUGAGUCUAUUCGAUUGCUGAGCAUCGCCUCGCUAUUGGCGGGGCAGAAAGUCGGCGUGAUCGAUGAAGAAAGCGCGUACAUCAAUACGACCUUUGACUGGCGUUUUGAGGGAGCGGGUAAGAACAUGCCGCUUUGCGAGGCACUUCCGUUUCCGCUGUUUUCGCUGGAACAGGCUGACGGCACUUCGAAGGAACAGAUGCUGCGGGGAAAUAUCAACGGCGUACGCGGCGCGCCAGCGUGUUACGAAAAAGAACGUGAUAGCAAGUUCGCAAGCCAGCGCCUGCACAGGUCUCUCCGCGAGGAUUCGCUCAAGCUAGGCCCCUACACUGUGCCCGGAGAGCAGCACAACGUCCACGAGCUGGAGGAACAACGAUCCAGCGAUGACAUGGCAUAUCGCCCACUACCGCGCUAUCCAUGGUCCAGAACGCGCUCCAUGGCGCUUACGCACGUUGGCGACAGCUUGAUCAAGUCCGGAGACGACUGGCCCCAACAGUUGGCCGGCCUGGAAAGCCAGAUCAAGCUGAAAGAGGGCAACAGGGUAACUAAGAGUUACGAGACGGAGGACUACGGCGUGGUCGAGCUCACGACAGUGGAACUUCGAGGCAUUGAGAUCACCACCUGUCUGAGCCCGCCGCUGCUAGUGCACAGCCAGUUGCAGUACUUGACGAGCAAGUACCCCGACCAGGGAGUUAAGAUUCCGAAAACCCCAGUUAGAGCAACACUGACUGAGGAAUGCGCCCUGGCAUUUGCAGCAGAAGAGCAGACCACCCCGCAAAACCUAAAGAAGAAAAUGGUGGCAAGCGGUUCCAGUCAGUUCCUCAUGCUGACAGGCCCGCACCUGUUGUUUCCAAUUCGCGCAUUGGCGUCAGCACCUCCGUACAAAUGCACAAUGACGGCGGCAGAGGGUUUUUCAAGUUUCGUUGCGAACAACAAGUGGCGUUUAGACCUAACACCAGGACAAGCCACGGACACCGAGCACGAGAGCGGACACGAGCAAGAACGUGCUACCCUACAGACGCUCUAUGACGCAUCCUUCUCGGCAAAAUGCAGCCACGGCGGCGUCGAGUCGCUCUACCGGGGCAGCAUGGUCAACGCGCUUUCGGCUCGCAUUACCAUCACGUGCGCGAGUGCGGCUGAAGCUGAGUUGGCCACCGGGGCUAUUGCGGUGCGAGUGCACGAAAACACAACAGAGUCUCUCGUUGAGAUUGGCGAAGCGCGUUUUGGUGAGCACGUCUAUGACGCGGGCGAGCCCUUAGGCCUAGUGCCGUCCGGUUUUAGCGUUGUCUCAGGGGACAACACAGCGGCACAGCAUGUUAUUGCAGGAGCAGGAUUGUCGCGCAAGAGCAGAGGCAUGGCGGUCAACGGCCUCUUCGUCCGACAACGAGUACAACACCAGCACAAUAGAUUCCUAUCGAGGAUCGAUACGCAUUCGAACAGUUCGGAUAUCCUCACGAAGAUCCUACCGCAAGAGGACUUCAACAGACAUGCAGAAGCGAUGGGAAUUUUUCAGCUGGGAAAUGUGAAAGCAAACAGCGUUGAAGACGUGACCGACCUCGUCGGCCGUAACUUCGAUGCGAUUAGACGCGCACGAAGGAAAGCGUUAGAGCAGAGCAAGAUCCCGGGCUUCAAGUGGUCUUUGCCGACCAAGCUGGAGCAGUACAGCAUGGUCUAAACGAUUUUGGUGACCCUCCCGCGAGGAGGGAGAGAGGUUCUAGCUUAGUUUCUCUCAUGUGUUUAGUUUCACCAGAUAACGCGGCUAGACGCAAUCUACGUCAACUAAACACAGGCUGGGGCCUCGUCUUGUUGUGUUAACUCGAGGCGAAAAGUGACUAGGCCAACAAUUCCGCAGUACUUAACACCAAGCUCAUAGAACUUAGCUUUCGUUAUCCGGGCCUUGUGUUAAGUCGCAGCAAAUAAGCUUCCGCAUGUUUUUGUGACUAAACUUAACACAAGCAACGUUUCCGACUGUUUAAGGGGAGAGCUACCCCCGUAAUUCAUAUUUUUGGUCUCUUUUCUUGGUGAGUGUCUCUCUGUCGUAGUAUGUUUAUUUAUCCAUUAUCGUUUUUCAGUAAGUUCUCUUCAAGUUUUGACAUCGCAAAGUCGAUGAACAUUCCAACUAGGGCAGCCCUUAAAGUCCCAUGUACAGGCCCCUCGGGCGUUAAACAGACAAGAACUAAAGUUUUCCCACCAACGGUUUUUGGUUCAUUAAAGUUUGAACACCUUGCUUCAAAUCUAGUUUUUCGAGCGGAAGUUUAGUAUUUCAAAUACAAAAUUCUUCUUAAAAUUCUAUUCCUGGUUAACACAAACCUACAACAGAAUAGAUUGAGUUUAUAACGUCUUCCCAAGUUUUUUCUCACAUCCUCCACCUAUGCUUGAUCACCAUAGUAGUCGUAAAUUAGGGACCACCCAAUUUACGAGGGGGAGUCCAGAGAGAAGACAAAUCCACAAUAAAUGCGCCAUUUAUUUUGACUCGGUUUAGUCAUAAUUUGGUCCGCCUUCAGCGGUUCCAACUGUCAGGAAGAACGUAGAGGUUGAGGAAAGAGAAAAGUAAAGGUUUGAUGUCGUGUCCCUCCUUUUGCACAGAGUGACACGAAACGAGAGGCGCCACAAGUUGGCGAGCAAACAAGAACGUCAAAGCCCAAACAAGGAAGAGGCCUGACCCCCGAUUGGGGCAGGACCUGAACGGAAAACAAUACUAUCCUCAUGCUUGGUUUUGAUCCAUCUUAGGUCUUAGCGACCAUAGGAGUAAGAAAAUAAAUAAUGUGGUCGUUUGAAG